AUGUUGUUUGGCUCUUGGCAGUUAAAAGCUGCUUUCAGCCUACUAUUGUUGGUGCCAAUUUUUGGCCAACAGCAUCUAACCCGCCGAACAUGUGAACGAGAGGUUUGUUAUGACCGAAAUGUUGGCCUCAUGCGGGAAGUAACUACAUCCGAUACCUCAAUCAAUAACAAUCGUAAUGAAUUUUUGAAAAAUAUUAAUAACGAUGUCAUUGGAAAUCGUAUUGAAAGACAACGAGAGCGAAUUUCUGAUCGUUCCGAUGAUACAAUCCGGCAACAACAAGAGACGAGAGAAUCUCGUUCCCUUGAUAGCCGUAUAAGAACAUCUAGCGCUGAACGAGAACGCCAAGACAACCGAAGGGACAGUAACAUGGAGAGAUAUCGGGAAGUUCGUUAUCGUCGCGACGAGAAUAAAUCUGAUUUAAAUAAUCUCAAUGAGAGAAACGAAAUCAGGGAGCGCGAGAACCGUCGUGCUGAUCAAACUGAACGACGAAAUGAAAUUGCGAGAAAUAUUGUUGCAGACUCCGAAAAUUCUCGCCGAUUUUCCAAUCGUCGUACUGAGAAUGGAUUAGAACGAGAAAAUCGUAAUGACAAUGAAGAGCGGCGUUUUGAAACACGUGCCAUUCAAAGGCAACGAUCAGUAGAGCGAGAGAUGCAAAAUCGUAACGAACGUAAUAUGGACACACGACGAGAGAUUAAAACCGAACACGACACACGACGAUUUAAUUCCCGAAAAGCUAUUAACGACAUGGAAUUAAGUCGCAAUGAAAACCGGCGAGACAAUACUAUGCGAGAGCGAGAGGAACGAGAUGAAAUUCGUCGAGUAGGUACUGAACGUUCUAACGAACGUAUGAGGGAAGUUCGUCAGCGGCGUGAUGAAAACAAAGAGAGCGCUCUGCGAUUUGAAUCACAUCUCGGUGAACGUAACAAUAAUGCGAGAGACUAUGAAUCCCGCCGCUCUAAUAUGGAUGAAUCCAAUCGUAUUCGCGAAGAACGAAACGAAAAUGCUUUACGAGUUGAAUCACGGCGAAAUAACGACAGGAAAACUGAAACUCUAGAUGCAUGUAACGAUGAUAGAAGAGAGGAAGACCGUAAUGAAAACAUUUCCGAUCGAAUUCGUGAAGACCGGGAAAGGCGUGAUGAAAAUAAAGAUAACAGGCUAAUAGUUGAAUCACAUGAAAACCGGCGAGACAAUACUAGGCGAGAGCGAGAAGACCGAGCUGAAAUUCGUCGAGUAGAUACUGAACGUUCUAACGAACGUAUGAGGGAAGUUCGUCAGCGUCGUGAUGAAAACAAAGAUAACACUUUACGAAUUGAAUCACAGCGCGAUGAACGUAACAAUAAUGUGAGAUACUAUGAAUCCAAUCGUAUUCGCGAAGAACGAAACGAAAAUGCUUUACGAGUUGAAUCACGGCGAAAUAGCGACAGGAGACAAGAAGAAAACCGCAAUGAAAAUGCAUCCUAUCGAGUUCGUGAAGUCCGAGAAAGGCGUGAUGAAUCACAACAAAAUAUCGAUACACGACGUGAAAUUCGAGAUGAACGUAUCGAUAGCGCCAGAGAUGGAUCCAAUCGUGUUCGCGAAGAUGACAGGUUACGAGUUCAAUCACGGCGAACUGAAGAUAGGAAACGUGAAAUCCGAGAUGAAGGUAAUGGCGACAGACAGGAAACACGAGAACGCAGGGAAGAAGUCACACGACGACUUGAAUCACAACGAUCUGUCACUGAACAAGUUCGUGAAGGUGAAGACCGCCGUAUUGUGCGAGACAAUAUCGAAAUAGAAAAUAUGCUAACGGAGAUGAAAGACUAUGGCCGAUUAGAAUCACAAUGCUCCCGCUUUGAUAAAUCCAGUCGAAUUCGUGAGGUCCGCCAAAGGCAUAAUAAUAAUGACGAGCGGCUGGAAUCACGCCGAAUUAGCGACAGGAGACUUCAAACUUUAGAUGAACGUAACGACGAUAGACGUGAACAAAUCCGAGAGGAAAGAGAAUGGUCCAGCGAAAAUAUUUCUGAUCGCAUACAUGAAGUUCGAGAAAGGCGUGAUGGAAAUAUAGACAGCAGAAUCCGAGUUGAAACACAGCGAUCUGAAAUUCGUAAUGUACGUAGCGAAGAUAGACAGAAAAUACAAGAACGCAGGGAAGAAAUUACACGACGAUUUGAAUCACGACGAUCAGAUACCGAACGAAUUCGUGAAGUUGAAGACCGACGUAAUGAACGUGACAAUAACGAAAUGGAAAAUAGGCUACAAGAGAGGGAAAACUACGAACGAGUGGAAUUGCGUGAAAUUCGUCAAAGGCGAGAUGACAAAAGGGAAAACACAAUGCGGGAUGAUUCAAGGCGACGUGGAGUUGAAGACCGUCGUAAUGACCGUGACAAUACCCAAGUAGAAAAUAGACUAAGACGUGAAGAGCAAUUAGAAUCGGAACGGUCCAAUGAAAAUGUAGAUAAUCGAAUUCGCGAAGUCCGACAACGCCGUGAUGACAGCACAGACAAUACAGUACGAGAUAAUCAACGUCAAAUGAAAGAAGAUCGCAUCGACAUCAGGCGUGAAGGAAGUGAAAGGAGGGAUGAAGCCACACAACGAUAUAGUCGACGAGAAAUAUUGGAUCGACGUAACGAUAGACGAGAAGGCAGGACUGAAUCACUACGCUCCAAUGAAGUUCGACACCGCCGUGAUGAAAAUGCAUCACGAGAUUCUCCUCGUGAAUCAAGGGAAGAUCGUAUGGAAAUUAUGCGAGAAGAAAGGGAACGAACUAAUGAACCUACUCGGCGAUUUGAAUCACAGCGAUUUGCUGGUACAAACGAAAGAAUUCGUGAAUUAAAUCGUGUAGUCAGGGAUCGACGCAAUGAAAAUAGGAUAUAUAGCAGCGAAAGGGAAACUACACGUCGUUUUGUUACUGCCGAAGGGGAAAAUCAACGACAGUCACAGCGACAAGAAUCUUCUAAAAAUCAAUCCGAUAGAGAAAUUCGCAAUCGACGUGAUGAAAAUAUUAAAGACCGUGAAACACGCAGUGGAAGUAACAAUGAUCGAAUUCAUUCCCGUCGUGAAAUUCAUGAUCGUCUCUCAGAAAGUAUCAGCCGGAAGGAUGAUUUACGAUUAUCUAAUGGUAUUUCAUCCAAUAUUAUUCGUGAGGAUCGCGUCCAACGUGAGGCGAGAAGCCAAGAACGUGAAUCAAGACGAGAAGAUACGAAUCUCUUAAACCGACGAGCAGGCAAUAGGGAAGAUUAUGAGGAUAGAAAUACUGAUCGGUCAAUCGAAAUUGAUUCUCGACGAAUUCGUGAAAUUAAUGUCCGACGAAUUGAAUCUCGUGAUACUGACCGCACAGACAUACGCAACGAGCGAGAUGUACUACGACGAUCAAUGGAUGUUGAAUCUCGUCAAACUCGCGAAAUGAACAAUCGUCGUGAUACCAAUGAAGAACGCAUUCAACGAGCAGACUCCCGCGAAAGUGAUCGCUAUGAACGUAUAUCAGCUGAAAAUAGAAGGAAUGAAAUCAGAGGAUUGGAAUAUCGCAACAUUCGCUACAUUGAAGACGACAUUGUGGAGAAGCCAUUGGGUUCCUUUAAUAAGUCAUACAUAAUGCUCGGCCAAGGGAUUAUUUUAUCCUUCAUUGUGGCUCAAACACUAGGCGGAAAGAUGGCAAUGAAAUACCAAAAUAUACCUCAAAAGUUACGUGAAGGCUUGGGAGUUUUGGGAUUUUAA